AUGACAGGUCCACCCCGCCGCACCGCGAGCGAAGGCACGUCCAAUACGACCACCCCCAGCCAUACUACUAGUCCUUCACCGUUGCGUCGUGCCAAUUCGGCUCCUCUUCCCGCCACCGAUGAAUGGGUGGAUUCGAUUCGGCAUCACGUGACGUUCUCGGAGCGUCGCUUUGAUGUCAACACACUCCCCGCUGAUCUACGGAGGGUCUACUACCAACUGGAAGCCGCAGAGGGAGAAGAGUAUGCCCUGGUCUUUGUCUUUAUCGUACGAACGGCCUGUGAAUUGCACAGAGCGUGGCAUAUGACUCUAUUGACUUCCAAGAUUUUGCGUCAAGUGAUCAAAUUGAUUUUCCGGGUUAACGAUGGCGCGUUUGAAUUGCAUCGUCGCAUUCCCUACGAUUACGACUCGGAAUUCCAAGAUCUCUACAUGAAAAUUGCCGUGGCGCUGACGGAAGGACACAUUAACGUCCAUGAAGCCCUCAUUUUUCAAACCGAAACCAAACACGGCAAGCACACGGCGCCAUCGGGCUUGUUUUUGCGUGACACACCGGGACGAUUGCUCCUCUAUCCACUCAUGGCGUCUACUUGUACCGUCAUUUUCUUUGGAGGCGAUUGGUGGGAUGCCGCCGUGGCGGCUAUUACGGGAAUCUCCACUGGAUUGCUCGAAUUUGCCAUUACGUUUUGGGCUGAUUUUAGUGGUGCUGGGCAAUCCAAAAUUCUCAUUGAUGUACUGGCGGGAUGUAUCACGGGGAUUAUUGCUGGAUUGUUUUAUCGAUAUCAAGACAAUAUCCAGAGUAAUGAAUACUGUCUCUCGUCCAUAUUUUUGGGAACACUCUACUGGUUCUUUUACGGGACCGCCUUUGUCAUUGGAUUGCUCGAAAUUAUUGCGGGAGAAUUGGAAACCGGUGUCACCCGAUUUGUCGCCGUCAGUGUCAAGACGUUUGUGCUGGCAUUGGGAUCCGCCAUUGGAUUAAUGAUUGCCGUCGAAACCAAUGUCUACGAAGCAUGGACCAACUCGGCCAAACAGUGCAAUCAAAUCAUCCUAAAUGAUCACUGGUGGCGGAUUCCACUCUAUCUACUCUGUUCCGCCAGUGCACUGGGACAGUACCGAUUCCCCAUUGCCAAUUACUGGCGGGGGCUUAUCGUUCAACUGGUCGGAUACGAAGUACAGUAUCAAAUGUUCCGAUACUUUGAAAACAGACAUGCUCGAGACUUUUUGGAUACCGCCAGUUCCAACAUUGCCGGAGCAGCCGCCGCUGUCUGUAUGGCUCAUAUUCUCAGUUAUCUCUGUGAUACCGUCAACAAGUACUACAAUGCACGACUUUUGAUGCGAACACGCAAUCCGGCCGCUCCGACCGAAAAAGCAUUCCACAGUCCUAUUGGCAAGUUUAGUUAUGCCAUCUCCAAAGGAUACGUCCAGUUUGUCAGUUGUCUUGGGCUGGGCAAGAAAUCAUACGUCGAAGCGUUGAAAAUGGAAAAGAAACUCUACAAAGAUGUACAGGAAUUCCGUGAUCCCCAACAUCCGCGACAAGAAAUUCGACUCACGGCAGAAGAAGAGGCGGUAUUGGUGGAAGCCAUUGUCGAAGCGGAACACCUCAACAUUUGGGCGUUGCUCAUGCCGGCAGUGUACCAGUUGGUGCCCGGAUCACUCAUUGCCAAACUGUGGUACAAUAUCAUUUUCCCACCACCACCGCUGCCAUAUGAUCGUAAUAUUACGCUGGCCAACAAUAAAACUGUGACCAUUCAGGAUCUCGUGCAGAAUCCAGAUUCCGACGCUGUCUUUUAUGGACUCUGGGUGACAUCCACGUCGUUAGCGUUGGGACUCAUUGUUGGAUUUGCCGUUGUGCAGACGUGGCAGAUUAUUUGGAGCCGUAUCUUCCACGUGAUCUUCCCCGACAAGAAGCAAGAAGAAAUGACAGUGGACGAACUGGCCACCCAAAAGGUUCGACGAGCGCAAAAGAAACGACAACAAGUGCGGCAGCAGGGUGUCAUGCAACUUCAGGAGGAGGAAGACGAUCCCAGUGAUGAUUCGAUUCACUCUUUGCUGACCAGUACGCAGCGAACAGCCUUGCCCAUUUUGGCAGAAGAAGAGGAAGGCAUGUCGUCGACUCCCAGCAAACAAUCAUCGUCCCUGAGAUUCCGUCCCAUUCAUCAAGGUGACAUGACGACAAUAGACAACAACAACAAUGUUGCAGAACCCACACUGGUGACUAUGCAAAUGGAGAAACUGGAAAACACCGAAGGAGUCGAGAUCUCCUCCAAGGAUCAUCAAGUGUAG